AUGCUAUUGUUACCAUCGAACUCGAGCCAUCUCAGCGAACCGCAACCGACCGGCGUCGCCAGCAUGGUCCUGUCGAAGGUCCGGUCCUGGGCGUCGGCACGCGAACAGCGCGACCACCGGGAACGGGGUGAUCGCGAGGACAACAAUAAUCACUCGGUCAAACGGGAGCUGCUGCGUACACCGUCACCCACGCAACGAUACGACAUCGACAGCGAUCGUGACGAUGGCAGUGAUCGGGAGAACCUCAGCAGCCCUAUUCCAAACGAGCGUCCGGAACGAACCACGCCACUCAAUCUGAUCACGGAUUCUUCACGACGGACACCAUCACCACCGGCAUCCAGUGCCGUCCCGGGUGGAGGUUUAGGCGUUGCCCUUGCUGCCCUACAGAACCAUCUGCCCCUCAGCUCGCUGUUCCUGCAGAACCAGCUCGGGCUGGGCGGAUUGGCCGGGCUGUCCGGGCAGGACAUCGGUAUGCUUCAGCAGGCCCUCCAAGCACAGCAGGCCUCCCUCCAGCAACAGCUACAGCAGUACAUGCUGCUCCAGGUGCAAGGAAGCGCGGCCGGUGCGAACGGAAAUGCUGCUGCGGCGGCCACGGCACAGGCACAGGCCGCUGCCCAAUUCCUCAUGCAAAAUCAGGUCCAGCAGGCCGUCGCACAGCUGCAGGCACUGCAGAAACAGCAGCAGUUGAAACCGACCAGCUCCACGCCAACACCGGGCGCCACAGCGACCAGCUCUCCACUGCACAGCCCGUCCGGAAGUCCGGGACUACAUCACCAUUCCACGCAAACGGGCGCCAUGCUAGGCGCGAGCCAAACGACACCGCCCAACGUGAGCCAGAUGAAUGUGGGUGGUAUACUGACGCCCUCAACACCCGGAUCCGGCGCCCAUACGCCGCAGUUGCAGAAACAUUCGGCUGCACCACGUGCGCUGGAACCGUCGCCCGAAGAGACGACCGAUCUGGAGGAGUUGGAACAGUUCGCCAAAACCUUCAAACAGCGACGGAUAAAGCUAGGGUUCACGCAGGGCGACGUUGGGCUGGCCAUGGGGAAGCUGUACGGGAAUGACUUCUCGCAAACAACCAUCUCCCGGUUCGAGGCACUUAACCUGAGCUUCAAGAACAUGUGCAAACUAAAGCCGCUGCUACAGAAAUGGCUCGAGGACGCGGACAGUAGCAUCUCCAAUCCUGGCGGCCCGGCCGCCCUGUCCAACACGAUGGCCACACCGGAAACGAUGGGCCGGCGGCGCAAGAAGCGCACCUCGAUCGAAACCUCCGUCCGGGUGGCGCUGGAAAAAGCGUUCCUCGUCAACUGCAAACCGACGAGCGAAGAGAUCUCCACCCUCGCGGACAACCUGUGCAUGGAGAAGGAGGUCGUGCGCGUAUGGUUCUGCAACCGGCGGCAGAAGGAGAAGCGAAUAAACCCACCCAACGGUAUGGACAGCCCGACACACUCGUCCGCCAGCGGGGAACUGUUCCCCGCCGGUCUCGUACCGGGUCUAUCCUCACCUUCGUCCGCAUCCGGUGGUGGUAGCGGGGGGCACCAUUACGCAUCGCACCAUCACCACCAUCAGCCCCACACGCCCGGUUCCAGCAUCAAGCAGGAAUGACCGCACGGCCGUGGUGCUUGCGUUUGGUCCCCCACAUCGGCGGCGAUGGACCGGGCGGAACAACCCCCGAUGGCGGGCUAUCUGCACUGAGCGCUGCCACAGGAUUUCAAACCCGUUUCAUGGGCUUCACCCCCCACAUAUCAGCCAACUCGUGCGCCGGGGUGGAUUAUACGGUUCAUACAGCUGUGUAUACACACAAACACACACACACACACAUAUACACAUCCACACAUA